UGAAACAUUUAAGUGUGACAAACAUGCAAAAAAAAUAAGAAAUCAGGAAGGGGGCAAUCACUUUUUCACACCACUGUAUAUGUUUAUUUCUUUGAUGCUCUAAUUUGGAGUGAUUUUCUUGUUGAUGAUACAUAUUGUAUUUGUUGUAUUGAUUUGAUGGUAGUAUGUUGUUUUUACAUCGAGGACCACGAUGGAAAUAAGUCUUUGACUUCAUUGUGUUAUCUUUGACAUUUUUCAGAUAUUUGUGACGUCUCUCUCAUUGUGUCCAAUAAACUAAACUCUUCUGGUUAAAAUAAAAGCUAAGGAAGCUUGAAGUUCCAACACAUAAUUAAGGACAGCAACACCUUUUCACAUACCUUACUCUAAAGCCCAGGUGUUUCCCAAUAAUCAUGUAAAUCAGAGGGAGGAAACUAAACCAACAGAGCUGCAGUAAGAGGCGGAGCAACACUGGAAAGACGAGAGCUUCAACGUCACACUCCAGAAAUGAAAGUAAAGUUUGUCAGAGUGGCAGCCACGCAGCAGUCGAGACAAAUCUCUGUUUCUUUCUAAAAGAAAAUUCAAACUGAGUUCAUCAGGUCUUUCUCAGCAACACAGCAGAGUCUCUGCCAAACACUGAUAUGGCUGCUGCGAACUAUCUGCGAUCUGAAGAUCAGUUUCUGUGCUCCAUCUGUCUGGAUGUGUUCACUGAUCCUGUCACCACAUCAUGUGGACACAACUUCUGCAAAAACUGCAUCAAUGAACACUGGGAUACUAACGACCGGUACCUGUGUCCGAUGUGUAAAAAGGUUUUCAACACAAGACCUGAGCUGCAGGUCAACACUUUCAUCUCUGAGAUGGCUGCUCAGUUCAGACAGUCAGCUCAACAGGAAGCCAGCAGCAGCAGCUCAGAGACACAAGUGUCCAAACCAGGAGAAGUUCCCUGUGACGUCUGCACUGGAAACAAACUGAAGGCCUUGAAGUCCUGCCUGGUGUGUCUGGCCUCCUACUGUGAGACUCACCUGGAGCCUCAUCUGACAAUGUCAGGCCUGAAAAGACAUCAGCUGAUCGACCCUGUGAAGAACCUGGAAGACAGGAUGUGUACGAAGCACGAUAAACCUCUGGAGCUGUUCUGUAAGACCGACCAGACAUGUGUCUGCGUGCUCUGCACUGUUUUAGACCACAAGACACAUGAUGUUGUUCCACUGAAGGAAGGAUAUGAAGGAAAGAAGGCCGAGCUGGGGAAGACAGAGGCUGAAACUCAGCAGAUGAUCCAGAAGAGACGACUGAAGAUUCAGGAGAUCAAACGCUCGGUUGACCUCGGUAAGGAAGAUGCAGACAGAGAGAUAGCAGAAGGUGUUCAGGUCUUCACUUCUCUGAAGGAGUCUGUUGAGAGAGGCCAGGCCAAUCUCAUCCACACGAUCAAAGAGAAGCAGAAAACAACAGAGAAACAGGCCGAAGCUUUCAUCAAAGAGCUGGAACAGGAAAUUUCUGUGCUGAUGAAGAGAAGGACUGAGGUGGAGCAGCUCUCACGCUCUCAAGACCACCUCCAUCUUCUCCAGAGUUUCCAGUCCCUAAACACCCACCACCCACCAUCCACCAAGGACUGGACAGAGGUCAGCGUCCCUCCAGCACCAUAUGAGGGGUCUGUGAGGAGAGCUGUGGCUCAGCUGGAGGAGACACUCAGUAAACAGAUGAAGAAGCUGCUUGAAGCAGAGCUGAAGAGGGUCCAGCAGUAUGCAGUGGAUGUGACUCUUGAUCCUGAUACAGCACAUCCCAAUCUCACCCUGUCUGAUGAUGGGAAAGAAGUAACUGAUAGUGAUGUGGUGAAGAAUCUUCCAUACAACCCAAAGAGAUUUUCUGAUUACAAUUGUGUUUUAGGAAAGCAGAGUUUCUCUUCAGGCAGAUUUUACUUUGAGGUUCAGGUUAAAGGAAAGACUGAUUGGGAUUUAGGAGUGUGCAGAGAGUCGAUCAACAGGAAGGGAGAGAUCGCACUGAGCCCUGAGGAUGGUUACUGGACUAUGGGGUUGACAAAUGGAAAUGAGUAUGAUGCUCUUGCUGACCCUCCAGUCCGUCUCUCUCUGAAGUCUCAGCCUCAGAAGGUGGGGGUGUUUGUGGAUUAUGAGGAGGGUCUGGUCUGCUUUUAUGACGUAGAUGCUGCAGCUCUUAUCUGCUCCUUUACUGGCUGCUCCUUCACUGAGAAACUCUUCCCAUACUUCAGUCCCUGUGAUAAUGAUGGUGGUAAAAACUCUGCACCUCUGAUCAUCUCUCCUGUCAGAGUAAACUAAUCACUUCUCAUGUACUGAUUUAUUUUUAUUCAAGGGAACAAAUGUACAUAUUUAGAGGCAACACUGUAUAGUUCACAUCUUAUUUUCCACAAUCUGUUUACUGUGGUGAGUGAUUUACAUUUACUUCAUUGUGAGAUUUUCAAUUCCAGAAGAAAUCACUGUUUCUAAAAGACACCAUAUUUGGUGUCAAGCUGAAUUUUGAGUAAGGUUAUAAAAAUAAAUACAAUUUUUUUUAAAAUGCAGCACACUGUCAACAUCAUUUUUAAUGUUUCUAUUAGAUGUGCAGCCACAGAAACAUAUUGCUGAAUAGUUCAUUGUGUCAUGAAGCUUCCUUUAAGAGUAAGGCCUGUUGCAUGUCUAUAGUACAGAAUACAGUAUGUGUCAUUGUUUUAUUGGACACAAAAAGCUAAUUGACAAAAUUUAAUAAAAUAGAUGGAAUUUUCUAUUUUGUCUGAAAAGUGUUUUGGUUAAUUAAUUGGUCAGUUUGGCCAAGUUGUUUGUUUUGUGAAUACUGGUAAGAUGGAUUACGAAUAAAAGAAAUCUAUAAAUAUGUGACUGUAAAAUAAAAACUGUAAAAUAAACUAGUUGUUGAGCACAA